AUGAUUUAUUUUCACAGGAACCAUGAGCGCUGUCUGCCGCCGGGGCCCGACGCGCGGAGAGGCCGCGACACGGCGCUAGGGGACGUCCUCAACGGCGGCUGCUGCUCCAUGGGCGAGGCGGCGGCGGCGGCCAAGCAGCGAGAGGCCGGCGGCGACUGGACCCGGCCCAGCCCGGCCACUCCGGGCUCCCCCGGCGACGGUCUUUGCGCCUCUGCCCCGGCUCCCGGUGCCGGGCAGGCGGACGGUCCUUGCGCCUCUCCCCCGGCUCCCGGUGCCGGGCAGGCGGACGGUCCUUGCGCCUCUCCCCCGGCUCCCGGUGCCGGGCAGGCGGACGGUCCUUGCCCGUCUCCCCCGGCUGCUGGAGUCGUUCCGGCGGACGGCUUCUCAACGGCCGACGGUGGCGCCGCCCCCCUCUCUCCUCCUCCUCCUCCUCACAGUGCGAGGCUGUUGUCUUCCUCCUCGUCCCGCUGCUCCCUGAAAGAGCCAAACACUACCGCAACCUCCUCCACCUCUACCUCCGCCGGACACGCCUGUCAGGAGGACGGCGCCUGUCCGGGCUGCUCGGGACUCAGGACUGGCCCGGGUACGAACACGCUGCAGUUUAUGGACGUCAGUUUGAACUCCAGGAACAGCUUCGAAAUCAAACGCAGGCAGAGCGCGCCCGAGCACCUGGUGGACGGGGCGGCGACUUUGGCCGCAGACGCACUGUCGGCAUCGACCGACGAAGGAGAAGCGGCGGCGGCGGCGGCCAAACCCAAGAAACUUGGCAUAGCCGAGUUUAUUACCAGAAAUUUUUUUACCAAGAAGAUAAAAGAACAAACACCUCCUACACACAGUGCUCCUGGUUGGAAGUUAUUUGGAAAAAUUCCACCAAGAGAGAAUCCACAGAAAGACUCCAAAACAAUCCAACAGGACAGCUAUGGUUGCAAUCUUGCGUCAGUGUCUGCACCUAACCUGUUCAAUACAGGGGAAUAUGAAGCUCGAACUGGUCGAAUGACCAAACCCUCACUCCAGGUAGGCCGGCGACGAAAUCUUGAGUUUGAACCACUGUCAACCACUGCUUUGAUCCUGGAGGAUCGGCCUGCACAUCUCCCUGCGAAAAAUGCAGAGGAAGCUCAAAGGCAUCGACAGGAAUAUGAUGAGAUGGUGGCAGAGGCAAAGAAAAGAGAGAUGAAAGAGGCACAGAGAAGGAAAAAAAUUAUGAAGGAACGAUUUAAGCAAGAAGAAAAUAUUGCUCACGCUAUGAUUAUUUGGAAUGUGGAUAUUCUUCCGAACUGGGAAACCAUUCGAAAUACACGGAAGGUGCGUGAACUCUGGUGGCAGGGCGUUCCUCCCAGUAUUCGUGGGAAAGUAUGGAGCUUAGCCAUUGGCAAUGAGCUGAACAUUACUCAUGAGCUUUAUGAAAUCUUUCUGUCGAGAGCUAAAGAGCGGUGGAAAAGCUUCCGUGAGACUGGAUCGGAGAAUGAAACUGAAGAUUCUGGAGCAUCAGGGGCUGACCGAGAGGCCAGUCUUGAAUUAAUAAAGCUGGAUAUCUCCCGUACAUUCCCAUCUCUCUUCAUCUUCCAAAAGGGUGGACCAUAUCAUGAUCUAUUGCAUAAUGUGCUUGGGGCAUACACGUGCUACAGGCCUGAUGUUGGAUAUGUUCAAGGAAUGUCUUUUGUUGCUGCUGUGCUGAUUCUUAACUUGGAGGAAGCAGAUGCUUUCAUAGCAUUUGCCAACCUGUUGAACAAAUCCUGUCAGUUGGCUUUUUUUCGUGUAGAUCACAGCAUGAUGCUGAAAUACUUUGCAUCAUUUGAAGUGUUCUUUGAAGAAAAUCUUCCAAACCUUUUUGCACACUUAAAGACAAAUAACUUGACUCCAGACAUUUAUCUUAUAGACUGGAUAUUUACACUUUACAGUAAGUCAUUGCCUCUGGAUCUGGCUUGCAGAGUCUGGGAUGUUUUCUGCCGUGAUGGAGAGGAGUUUCUUUUUCGGACAGCAUUGGGAAUCCUCAAGUUGUAUGAGGGCAUUUUAGUUCAAAUGGACUUUAUUCAUAUAGCUCAGUUUCUUACCAAACUACCUGAAGACAUCACGUCAGAGAAACUUUUUGCUUGCAUCACUACUGUUCAGAUGCAGAGUAGUAACAAACGGUGGACACAGGUAUUUGCUUCACUGAUGAAGGAUGGCAAAGAAGUUGAGAAAAAUCACAGCCCAGCACUGAAAAGUUAAUAAACUUUAAAAGAUGCGUUCAUAAUGGUCUGAAAGAUGGAGUUUAUUAUGACUAAUGGUGGAGCAAUACAGUAUGGAGAUUUCUGUAGAUCAUCUAUAUGAAAUUGAUGUCUGUCAGAGUAAAUGAACUGUUGGACUGCGAGUGAGCAAAAGACCUGUGCUUGUUAUCCCAAUUGAAUGGGAAAAGAUUUGAGGUAUAGCUGGUCCUUUAUGGCAUGAGUCCAAUAGAAUGAAGAAAUGUUUACACUAGUGUCAGUAUUAAAGGAAAAGAUGAGUCCUGUACAAAGUACAGUAGCAUACAGUAGCUUCUUCUGCAUUUAUUAACUGAUUGAAACCUGAGAUGUAAAAUGUUAAGCACUUGAACAGACCAACUACCAUUCUGUACCAUAUUUCUGGUGCGCAGAAUACCUCCAAAGCCAGUUAACUCUCAGAAACUACCUAACGUGGACCAAAUGGAUCUUGAGUUACUUUCCUCCAAUAAUACAUGUAGCUUUUUAGUGACGUGUUUAUUCUGUUUGAGGAAAUGUCUGUUUUUCACUUUUUGAUGAGGUCAUUUUGAUUUCUACAAGUAAACUGAAACCAUUUAAAAUUCUGAAAUUAAAAGGCCAAGGCUGAGAGAGUUUCUAUUUUCAAAACCCAAACUUUACUGCUAUACGCAACUAGAGUUCUUUUUUUUAACAAUCUAUAUAUGUUGGGUUCUAAAAUAUUCCACAACAUCCUCUUAAUACUAUAAGCAUUUCCAAUCCUUGGGUCUGUGGCUUGCAAACCUGAGAAUGACUUUUUUUAUUACUGAACUGUGGUAUUUUUACUACUAGUAUUUUUAAUGAGUUCUUUUGGGGGUUUCAAUAAUUAGCUGCUUUUCCGGUGCUUUCUAGAAGGAAUACGGUGUUCUACCAUUUACAGGCCAGGGAUGAACUGCAAGUGAAAUGGCAGAACUAUGAAAUAGAAACUUCCAAAUGUUUUUUCUACUCCAGGUAAAAGGCAAUGCCUCUCAGCUGAUGAAGCCUUUGCCGUGAUUGUCCUCAGACUGGUGCUGUGGACAUUACUUUAGUAACUGUAUUUAGUAUGUUUUAUGAUGUGCAAUACGGAAACUCCAAAAUGGCACAGUGCUUUGCACAAGUCUUGGAAUGUAACCAUGGCAACAUUCAGUAACCUUUUAUUUAAAAUCAGGUGAUGAAGAUUGAUGAGAGCGACAAGCUAUAGUGAUGUAUUAAAGUAAUAUAUUGCUAAGAAUACAUUGCCUGCUUACAUUAGAAAGGUAAAAUAGGGUCAUUGGUAAUCACAAAAGGGCAGAGAGGUAAUUAUCAGGCUUUUUCAUAAAUUGAGUUGUAAUUUCUACAGUGAGUUUGACAGAUUUGUGCAAAUUUGAAAUUUGUCUUGUGUGCAAAUUGCAAGGUAUACUAUUAAUUUUCCUUUGGUUUCUUUUUUAUUUGAAAAGAUUUGUACUUUAUUUUCUUGUAUAUUUUUGUGUAUUAGAUAGCAAAACAAUUUCUGUAUUUCUUGUAUUGCAAAUUAUUUUAUUGGAAUAUAAAAAUAUGAAUUAUAUAGGAAUUAUUUUGUAGAAUGUUCUGAAUUUCAGUACAUCUGUAUUAAAGGAAUUUUCAUGUUACAUAAACAGUAGUGUACUACAAUUUGAGUGCAAAAUACUUGUUUGAAUUGAAAUGUUUAUUUAUGUAUUUCUUAAUUUAGUUAAAAUGAAAUUCAUCUAUGUUCUUGCUUUCUAUUGUACAGAUUUCUUACUCACUGCAGAUGUACAUAAAAAAUGAUUGUAAAUAGAAGGGAAAUUGCCCACAUCUAAUACCACUACAUACCACUUUCAUUUGUAAAUAAAGAAUGAAGCUGA